AUGCCGGGAAUAAAGUGCGACCCUCCUCCCGACCAGCAGGGGAAACAGACGAGCCGCCACCGUUCGUACAAGCUGGCUAGUUUGUGGUGGGUGCUGUGGCCCUGGCUGCAGCCUCGCCCGCCCCGCCACCCCUGCAGCCCCGGCGACGCCUGCUGGACCGAGAGGAGAGCUGCAGGCACCGAGCGAUCCAGACGCAGACCACACGGGGCACUUCCGCUCGGAGACUCGGCUUCCUGCGGUCCCCUCCCCCGUCCCAGCCGCAGCCUGCCCAGGCGGCUCUCUUCGGACCCCCUCUCACCGCCAAGCCGCGCGCCUGUGUUGGCUCUCAGCACCGCCACCCCCGGGCAAACAUCUGUGCUCAGUGGCGGGAGCUGUCUGAGGUGGCUGUCUGUCUGUCUGCCGGGCUGUCUGGGAAAUUCCCCUAGUGAGUCCUUUCUGGGAAUUUCUGAGGGAGAAGAUCAGCCUUCCGGGUGUGGUCGGAGAGGCCUGUCCCGAGGUGCUGUCACCUGUGGGGGAGGGGCACUGCCCUCCAGCCGUCGCCAGCUUCCCGUCUGGAUCGAGCAGAGCUACCUGAUCGCCAGCCCCUUGCUGAACGUCCUGUGGUUGGAGGUGGGGAAGCCCGAGCCGGCAUCCUGGGGCACCCUCGACCCCGGGCAGCCUGAGGGCAUCUCUGCUGAUGGGGUGAGGUGGGAGGAGACUCCCCGGACGGAGCACUCGGGAAACAGGAUGGCCGCUCAUCCGUGCGGUCAUGGAGCCGGGCCCCUCUGCUCGUCACUUCCUGCUCUCACCACCCUGGCCACGCGAUGUGGCCUCAGCUGUAGAACUACAUGCCCGCUGUGGGGACCACAGGAAGAAGGGGGGGGAGAGGUCUUCUCCUUUUAGGGGUCUCUUUUUAUCUGGAGGACUGGACGUUCUGCACGGAAAACCUGGGGAAGCACAGAGACUUGGCAGCAAGCACGCCUCGGCCCCGCCCCCAGCCCCCUCGGCCCCGCCCCCAGCUCCGGGAGCUUUAUGGUGAAUGUGUCUGUGAGGCUGGGGUUUAAUGCCCGAGUUAGGGCCACCUCAGAACCCCUUACAUUUAUGUCACGUUUUAUGACCUUCCAGUAUGUUCA